CUACAUCUAACAUAACAAUCGACGUCGAGAAAUUGUUUACCCAAAAUUAUGUUACUUCAAAAACAUUAUGUAAACAGUGUAACAGUGUAGUUGUAAACUUGUACUAGAACUGCGUUAAAUUGCCUUCAUUUUGAUCGGAGACACAUGCUGAGGGAGGUUAUUUUGACGCUAUUUUGAGCUGAGUCAGUCGAUCAAGAAACACAUUUAAGAUGCUGUCAUCUGUCAUCAUCGCCAAAAGCUCGCCCCCGACAAGCCCCAAUGGGUCCCGACCUACCAGCCCCAACCCCAUGCUCGACAAUAGACACACAGCCCAGGCAAAACGCCGUAAAUUCAUGCGGCGGCUUGUUAUGUUUCGCCAGAUGGACUUUGAGUUUGCUUUGUGGCAAAUGGUAUACCUCCUUGUUGCACCACAGAAAGUAUACCGUAAUUUCCAGUACAGGAAACAAACCAAGGAUCAGUGGGCGAGAGACGACCCUGCCUUUCUUGUUCUUCUUAGCAUCUGCUUAUGCGCCUCAUCAGUGGGAUUUGCCAUAGUGUUAAGGCUCGGGGUUGUAGGCUUCUUCAAGUUUCUCCUGUGGGUGGUAUUUGUGGACUGCAUUGGCGUUGGACUACUGGUUGCAACUGUACUUUGGCUUGUUGCCAACAAGUAUCUGCGAGUCACAGGGACAAACUCACAGGACGUGGAGUGGGGGUUUGCAUUUGAUGUACACCUCAACGCCUUCUUUCCUGUUCUCAUUAUUCUACACGUAGUUCAGCUCAUUCUGUAUAUUCCUGUAAUUAGUUAUGACAACUUCCUGUCUACAUUGAUCGGCAACACGCUGUGGCUGAUUGCAAUCACAUACUACAUCUAUGUCACCUUUCUGGGAUACAGUGCUUUACCGUUCCUGAGGCGUACAGUGGUCCUUCUCUACCCACCCUCUCUUGUACUGCUGGGCCUGUUUGGGAUUUCACUGAUUAUCAAUUGGAAUAUUUCUAACACUGUCAUGACAUUUUACCAGUACAGAGUGAUCUAGUUGCAACACUAUAAUGGUCCAUCAACUCAACUCAGUAACGGCACAUUUAUCAAGUUACUCCCGGGACCAGGGCUUGGUUUCACAAAGAGUUAGGAGUAGUCUUAGGAGGUAUUAUAAAGUUAAGGCUAGUCCUAAGUUAGGAUGAGAAACUCGUUCUAACUCGAGACAAGACUAGUCUUAACUCUUUGUGAAAUCCACCCCAGAUCUGAUAUAUAAUAAGAUUGCCAUCAAUUUUCUUCUUUAUGGUUUUGCAAAACGCAGUGCAGUUGAUUUUCUGAGAUUCUAAAGCAGACACGAGUGUCAAGUUUUAAGGGUGAAUUCCUUUAUACAGCAGACUUUGUUAACACAGGCUUCAAUGAGUAGAAUCAAAGAUGGCUAUUUAUGGUGUACAGAUGCAGCUAUCAUAUUGGCUAUCCUUUUAUGAAUGCACAAACAAACAAUAAAACUAUUGUUGGUCUAUUUGUUUGAACCAAUGCCUUGGCUUUGGCUUAGGCUUAGACUCCAUUAUGAAGCACCAUGAUGAACGGCUUCUGAAAUACUGACAGAGCUUUAGCCAAAGAUGGUUUGAAAAACUGCUUCACUAUCAUGGAGAAUAGUUGCUGCCCUCACUUGGUAGGCUUAUCCAUGAGGAAAUUAUUUGCUUUAACUAAGAAAUCAAUGUUAAAACAAUAAUUCAUUGUUACUAUUACUUUGGAGUUUUGUUCGUAACUGUAGGAUAAAUUGUAAAUAAUUGUACAGUAUUUUUUGUAGAAAGUUUUUGAAACUUUACAAAAAAAAAGUUUCCAUUAAUCUUUUAUACUUUUCAUUUAUUUAAAAACAAAAGGCUUGUGGUUCGUUAUAUGAGUCACAAUUAAUUCUAAAUGCAAUGCAAAUAACAUGUUAUGUAGCCUCACUACAAAACUCCAGUUUCAGUUACUCGUAGAGUCAAGCAUUUUUUUUCAAUGUUUAUUUACACAAAACUUAUAAGACAUAGUCCAGGCCUGGAAUAUCAUCCCAUAGAGGGCAAGGUCAUUUUCAUUUCGCAAAGGAACCUCCAUUGGAAAGUCUUAAAUUCUAUGGGAAACUAUUAAAGGGCACAAAGGAAAACGGAGUUAACUACACAAGUAAUUCCAGGCCAGACAUUCUUUGUUAUCUUUUAAGGAAUCUGGAUGUGUUCCUCUUUUUUCGGUCAUAACAUCAUUUUAUUUUCAUAACUUUGAAGCAUUAUCUGUUUGAACCGUUCUUGUGCAACUUUGCUUUGUGCAACAAGUAAAUUAAAAUGCAGGAGUUUCACAUUUUUAUGUUGAUUUGUGGAUUAAUUUAUGAUUUUGAGUAAAUCAUUGACUUUAAACAAAGUUUCCAUUUAUUUCUUCAGAUACAAAAUUUUUUAAGAUUGAUAAAGACUGUCUCAUUUCACUUAUCAGUAUUUUGGUUUUCAUACCCAACUUCAAUUUAUGACAUUCAUCAGGUCACCUUCCUUCCUCCAUUCAGUGUUUGCACCCUGAGUGCAAAGUUUUUUAACAUUGCCUAUAUUUUUUAUCAUAGAGGUUAACAGAGGACAAGGGUGGUUCUUGAAUACAGGUGUUAAUCAGUUAUUAUACAUGAGGCAAAGAAAGCAGCAUUCAGAUUGCACAUAAGUGAAGGGAAGUCUUCAUUUGAACUGCAUCUAGUUUUACUUGAACCCUGUACAAUUGUAUAAAAAAAAGGGUGAACCUUAAACUGUACAUUGUCAAAGGCAGCUGUAUAUCAAGUUCAUACGGCGUAUACUUAUACACCUGUACAUAGUGUUUCUCCACUCUUGAACACCAACAAAUGUCUUUGCCCCCAAAACAAACAUGUCUGCUUAAGCACAAUAAGAUGCUAAGCACAACAAAAUUAUGCUUAUCAAAAGUUACCAGCCAAACUAACAUGCCACAUAUACCAUUGGCGACUGAUACUCUGCUCAGUUUUGCUUUAGCAGAGAGAAAUUGUCAAAGCAAUAUUUUCUGCUUACUCCAUGAAAUUUGGCCUUGAUGUUUUUAAGAGCUGAAUUUCAGCUUUCAUUCUUAUAAUCUUAUCUCGAGAGCAAUUAAGUUAGACAUUCAAUACCUUGAAGAUAAACAUAGAGACACGUAGGUGUUAUGCUUCAGGUUGUAAUUACACAAUGUGACAAUAUCACCCGGGGACUACAGUACGUGUGUUAUUGUAAAGAAACUCACUACAAGUCAUAGGUUACCUGCGUCUGAAAUGACAUGAAAUGCAGAUUGAUCGGAGGUGCGAGAAAAGGUUAAUUUAAUAUCAAAAUGUGUAUCGAUAUCGAGUCUUAAAUUUCAGUGAUGGGUAUACCAUUGAAUUGUAACAACUGUGGAACGAUGAAACACAAUCAAAUAGAAGAGGGGGGGAAAUUGAGUAAUUGCAAUUAACUUGAUGGUGUCAGGUAGAUGGUUUUGAAGUGAUUUUUUUUUUCACAGGUGCAUCUCAACAAGCACCAAAAAACAACUAAGUACAGCUUGUCAUGAGCCUGGAUCUUCCCUUCGACGGGACGGCCACUACUUCCUCUGAUUUUUCCAUAAACCAUUAGAAAUAGGAGCGAAAACAAUCUUUGGAAGCUAUCCUCAAUCAGGAAAACAUUAGACAAAAUCACAGUCCAUGCUGUUAGGAUCCAAGUUAUUUCUCAGUCAAUAGUAUUUUUGGUUAUAUAGGACUGUGUACAGGAGUUUGUCAUCUGAAACGCAGGAAUAAGUCAAUACCUAUUGAAGAAAA